UAACGCUUUGCGGCAUUGGAGCAAAUUUUCGCAAAAUUUGCCAUACGAUUUUUACGUGUGCAUUUGUUGAAAUUGAUUGCUUAAAUGGUGUAAUAGGCAUUAAAACAAUUUGCUCCGUGCGUGCGUAAUAUUUGUGCGCAUCUUUUGCACGUUUGUGGCUACCAAAAAAACGGCAAAAGCAAAGCCAACAAAUCGCGUGCAACUGGCGAAGAGGCUGCUGCUGAAGUGCAGAUGAUGGUCUCUUCCUAGUAAGUUUUAUGCGUCAAUGUUAAUCGCGCUCUUUGCGCUCGCACAUUUGCCAAUCUUUCGUAACCCGCCGUCCCUGCCAUUGCAAUCAUCAAGGUGUGGCAAAGGCAAAGCAGUAAAGCAAGCGAGCACAGCAACAACAGUAGCUACAGCAGCACCAACUACUACUAAAGCAAAUACCAACACUGACGCUGAUUUAACGGCAUUAACGAGCAACAGUAAUUUGCAGACAACAACAACUACAUCAACAUCAUCAAUUCUAAUUAGAACCCGCCUCAAUAUGAGCUCUAGCAACAUUGAACAGGAUCAGACAACGGAAGCGAAAGCCGGCGGUGGAGUCAUUGUUGCCGCCAAUGGCAAUCAAGUGGAUAACAAAAAGAUCGAAGUCAUCAACUUCAAGCCAUUUGCCAAGCAAUGUUGUCAUAAUAUCAAAACGAAUCAUACGAAAAUCUAUGGCUGUGGCGGAACUCAUGUUCACGGCUCCUCCAAGGUCAAGCUCAAGAACGUUGUCGACUACAAAUGGGAGCACAAAUACUACUAUCCUGGUCACUUGGUCGCAGUGCAUCGCGAUGGCAAGCAUUUGGCCUAUGCUAUCAAUGUAAACAAUAAAGCCACCGGCAUGGAAGGCAUGGUGCGUGUGUGCAACACCAACACUAGCCAACGUGCUCUCAUCAAGGGCAUGAACGGUGAGGUGCUCGAUCUGCAGUUUGCCCAUAGCGAACGUGAUCGCAUCUUGGCAGUGAUUGAUGUGAGCUCAAUGUUUGUGUAUAAGAUCGAUCUAAUCGAUGGCAGUUUGUUGUGCAAACUUGUGCUCAAAGUCGAUGAUCCCAUUGCAAAUUAUACCCCUGAAUUUGACAUGGUCUCGUGGUGUCCGUAUAUCACCAGCAGCCACAGCAGCAACGCAGGUGGCACUGUUGGUGCCAGCGGAGAGGAGGAAGAUGAGAACCAGCUGUUGCUGUGGUCACGUAGCUCGCAGUUUCAAUGCUUCCAUGUGCGCAUGAUUGUGUCCGAGCAUGGUCGCGGCCAAAUACAGCCAGCUGCUUUGGAGACUGGCUAUUUGAAGAUCGAAGAAGAUUCAUUAAUCACCUGCGCUGCUCUCUCGCCCGAUGGCACCACUGUGGCCGCUGCUUGUGAUGAUGGCGUUGUGCGUUUCUAUCAGAUCUAUUUGUUUGAUGUGCGCAAUCAUCGCUGUCUACACGAAUGGAAGCCACACGAUGGAAAACGCGUCUCCUCGCUUUUCUUUCUCGACAACAUCAACAAACCGGUGGAUGAUGCCUAUUGGCAGUAUGUGAUCACCACCAGUGAUUACAACACUGAGAUUAAAUUGUGGAACUGCUCGCUGUGGGAAUGCCUCCAGACGGUCAAUAUUGUGGCUAGUAUUCCAACGCCUGUGCAGCCAUGUAAGUUUAUUGCCGGCAUUGAUCGCAGCGCUGGCUAUCUGGUCAUCUCAAGCAUCGACUCUCUGGCCGUCUAUGUGAUGCAAAUCAACAGCGGCGGCGCCUUGAAUAGCAGCCUCAAUGAUCAGGCCAGCGAUAGCGGCGACUCUGAGAAUGGCAAUGUUUCGGCCGGUGCUGGCAGCGGUAGUGUAGGCAACAAGGAGACCGUCGCACGCAUCCAAAACGUGGCGGAAUUCAAACUGAGCUCGGGCAUUUUGUCCUUUUCAAUUGUGGAUGCCAGUAUGCGUCAGCUGAAAACCACCAACGAAAACUACUAUCAGUUCGAGGAUGACUACGAUGAUGAUGAUGAUGAGAAUAAUGCGACUACUGAUGCGCUUGUGGUGCAUAUGUUUGUCGUGCAGGGCAAGAGUCUGCAAGAAUGUCAGAUUAUCUAUCAGCCAUGUGCGGCGGAAAAGAUAGAACGUAGCUUGACCACUAGCAGCAACAGCAACAAACGGUCGCUCACACCCGAUGAUGGGACAACCACUCGACUGUUGCAUGUGGGCGACAUUAAACAGGAGCCUAGCUCACCGCUCAAUAGCAGCAGCGGCUCCAGCGCUGUACCGCUGGACGCACUCUUCGCGAAGCCAAAACGCAACUCGGGUGGCACCACAACGUCCUCUGUGGUUGCCGUCGCUGUUGCUGCAGCGGCCGCUCCGUCAGCCAUGCUGCAGGACCCUUCCUCGGCCAACUCCGCGAACAAGUCGCGUUCUGCUUCGCCAUUUAGUAGUCUGCUGAAUCUCAUGACACCGGACGCAUUCAGCGCCACCAGCAGCAACAGCACUACAGCCGUCCUCUUGGCCACUAGCAACAGCAGUGGCGGUAGCAACACAACUGGCACAGAUGCCAUCAACACCACAGCUGCUGUCGCUGCUGCCGCCGCCGCUACUGUGAAUGCAGAGCAGUCGGAGAUUAAUAGCCAUGUGCUGAACACACUGCGUAUGUUGGCCACGGUGAAUGCCAAGGGCACGGAUUCAUCUAAUGCAAAUCUAUUGAAUUUAAUGAACAAUACAUUAAUUGAGGAUCGAGAGCAGCAAAAGCUAAAGGAAAAACUGGAGGCACGUAAAAAGUUUAUUGCCAUCGAUCGCAAUCCGGAACGCAAUGUGGCCGAGAAUUUGGCCAGCGGUGGCUCAAGUCCUAGUCGUGAGGUGCAAGAGAUUAUGGCCACCCAGGAGGAUGCAGAUGCUGAUGAUUAUGAACCAGAGUUGGAGAAUUUGGAAUCAGACGAGGACAAUAGUUAUUUUAUGCUCUGCAAAGCCGAAAAGAAGAAGGAGGAAGAGUUGGCCAAUGCAUCGCCAUCAUUGCUGCAAGCGGUGGAGGAAUCUGCGGCCAAUUGGUUGCCCGAUGCAUCGUCGUCUAAGUUGCAAAGCGCACCUACUAAGAAAUCAGCUGAACUGCAAAAUGCAGCACAAAUCAUGUCGCAAGCGGUGCAGCACAAGAAUAAUGGCAACGUGCCACCGACGCUGGGUGGCAGCAACAGCAGCGCCAACAGCAGCAGCAACAAUAAUACAUCAAGCACUUUGAAUAGCAGCAAUAAUAGCAGCCACAAUGCAACAAUCGAAAAUGCCGCUGGCAAUGCGGAAAUGAAUGCGAAACUGGAACAAUUAUUGGAUCUGGUCAAGGCACAAUCGCAGCAGUUGAAUAAAUUAGAGCAUGAGGUGAACAAGCUGCAACAGCAGCAGCAACAACAGCAGCAACCUGGCAGCAGUAGCAGCAGUGGCAAAGCAGCUGCCUUGCAACCAAAAACUGUCAACGAGCUGGCUUAUAAAAUUGAAAUGCAAUUAUGCAAACUGAUGGAACAAUAUCUAAAGCGCUACGAGAACGAGCACAAGCGGCGGCUGGCCGAAUUUCUACACGAACGUGAGAAUCAAAAUCGCGUAAUGCGCGAUUCCGUGCUGCAGGUGCUUAAUCAAUAUGUGAUGAAGCACUUUACGGACAUCAUUGGCAAUGUGCUCAACAUGGAGCUACAACGGCACAUACUGCCAUGUGUCAGUGCCAAAAUGGAUCAAUUACAGAAUCAAAUGCAACUAGAAAUGGUGCAAAAAUUGAGUGUCUUCGACAAGACCGUGAAAGAGAACAUUGCCCAAGUGUGCAAGAGCAAGCAAUUUCUGGAUGCCUUUGGCAAAUCGGUGCUGAUAGGAGUGCAGACGAGCCUGCAAACGGCAUUCAUAGAGUCCAUGAGCAGCACGUUGAUACCAGCCUAUGAGAAGUCCUCGCAAAGCAUGUUCAAGCAGCUGCACGACGCCUUCAGCGUGGGCAUCAAGGACUUUAUGGUAGAGUUUAGUGCGUAUCUGCAGCAUAUGCCGCAACCGCAGGGUGAGGAGCUGAGCAACAAGCUGGCCCUGUUGAAGCAGCUGGUCGAGACCAAUUUGCUGAAACAUCGCAAUGAAUUAACCGACGCCAUGCUCGAGACACAGCGCGAAGUGAAGAGCUUAGAAAUACUGCUGGCUCGCCAGGUACAGGAGACCAUACGCACUGAAUUGCGCAAGUAUGUGGAUAGCCAGAGCAUGGCCAUGAGAUCACAGGCAGCCACUCCGGCUCCGACUUAUGAUCUGCGGGAUAGCAUUAAGCAAUUGCUGCAGGCGGGACAAAUCAACAAGGCCUUCCAUCAGGCGUUGCUGGCUAACGAUUUAAAUCUGGUGGAGUUCACGUUGCGUCACACGGAUCGCAUGCAGGUAUUUGCGCCCGAUGGUUGCCGGCUUGAGCAAAAGGUGCUGCUUUCUCUUAUUCAGCAAAUUUCUGCCGACAUGAGCAAUCACAAUGAGCUUAAACAGAGCUACCUCAAUGAGGCACUGCUGGCCAUCAACAUGUCGGAUCCCAUAACGCGCGAACAUGCGCCGAAAGUACUCUCAGAACUGCAUCGCAAUUGCCGCAUGUUUAUUAAGAAUUGCCCCAAGAGUCCGCAAUGCAGCAACGUUCGCCUCCUCAUCGCAAUGUGCAGCGCCACGUACCAUGAUCAGUUUAAAUGAUAUCACGAACAAGCUUUUCCAUCCAGUAGUUGGCAAUGACAACCUUUUUUGAUCCCCCAAAUCCCAUGCACAGAUCCCUAAACACGACACACAAUACAUAACUAUAUAGACAACAAGAGACCGACCAUCGUUUUGUAGUAAAGCAACACACACACAUCCCGCAAAGAAUCGUCUUCUAGCUCUAGCUUUGCCCUUAUGUUGACUACAUAAGCGGAAAAAUAUCCCAAUUUUUUUUUCAAUUUCGUUACUAUUUGUUUUGUGCGUAUUUGUUUCUAGUAUUUCUUAGAUCUUAUUCACAUCUCAUGUUCUUGUCACGAUAUAUAUUGUCUUUUUCCAGUUAAGCAGUAAACAAAACAGAAAUCAUAAUAAUUACGAAAUUAAGCUGAAAAGAAUCAUUCAACGUGAUUAAUAUUUACAAUAAGUUUAAUAAUAUGUAUUUAAAAUAUUGAGUAUUUUUUUUUGAUUUCGUUUCUUUUGCGCGCUUUUUUAUCGAUAGAAUUUUUUCCAUUUCUUAUGACGCUUAUUGAAGAUUAAAA